UUUUCAUUAGAAACCCUAAAAAGGGGUCUCGCCUCUCUGUGGCUCCGCCGCUUUCCUUCAUCGUUCACCUCUUCUUCACCGAUCCGCUUCUUCACCCAAACAGCCAUCCUCUACCUCAUCAAAACCCUAGACGCCGGUGAGCCCACGGAAAAAAAACUAGCUGCCUCUCGGUGGAAAACCACGAAAGACGCCAGGGGAAGCUCUCUCCCGAACCACCCGAUAAAUACCUGCCACUGGGGUUCUCUCCACUGAUUCAAGCCACUGGGAGACACACAGGAGAGUUGAGAAACUGGAGAAAAUCAACAGGGAAGAAGGAAGCAGAAAGAGGCGAGAAGGGAGAAAGGCAGCUACCGGGAUCCUUUGCAUCCGAGGAGCUCAAGAAAAGCCCAGAAAAAUCAGACUCUGACUGGCCUAGUUGUCAAGGAGAAGAGGCGGAUUUCAUCUUGGAAAUGGAAAGUCCUAGCUGCUGAGUUCCACCGUCACUUGGUAUUUCGCUUCCAAGCUCUUAUUCUUUCAUUAUGUGUUGGGUUGGAUUAUUCAGAAUACAUCUUGUUUGUUGCUUGUUUCAAGCAAAUUUUCAAGUUUUGGGCGAAAUAAUGUGCAUUGCCUUUUCUAAUAUAUCUACAACCUUUGCUAGUAGCUCAAGAAAUCUAAAACAGGUUAUAAAAACUGAUGUCAGCCUUAAAGAAAACAAAGGAUUUACGCAUGAAGCAUAUAUAGAAGGCAAGGAAAUGGUACUUAAACUAGGAAACUAUGUUUUCAGGUAUGGUCAAAGUCUAGAUUACAUAGUUUAGAAAUUAAAGAUUUCAAUUUGGACGUUAUUCAUUUGUCGGGACUAGAAUAGGAAGGGCAAGGACAUUAUUAUUAUUAUUAUUAUUAAAAAGUUGUAGAAAGGCAGAUGAAAAUUUUGUAAGAUAAUGAGAAUAGUUCAAGUAAAAAAGGUAUUACACACUUGAACAAGCACUAAGUCAUGAAAAUGUAAUAAUGAAAAAUGUACAUCAAUAAUGAAAUCUUCAAAUUUGAAUUUAACAAAACGAAGUUGAUGAUUUAGCACAACCUUCCAUUUAGCAUAACUCGGGAUGAAAUUUUCAAGAAUGCUCUCAAAAUGUUGCAACUGGAGUUUAAGCUUCAAUUUGAAAAAGAUUUAAUGUAUAGCAUACUUCAUCUCUAUGAUGAAGAGAAAAAUAAACUCAGUAGAUAUUUGGAUAAGCAUACUUCUUGUUGGUUUAAUUUAACAAUUAAUUUCUGGAAGGAUGAGGAGGUCAUGAAUUGUUGCUUGACUAUGCAAUUUAUUGAUGUUUAUAGGGAAUUGAAAAAGAUUCUUAGUUUUGAAAGAUUAGAGGAUGAUUUCAGUGCAUAAUCAUGAAAACUUAAUUGAACCCAUGUCUUUCUAACUGGAAACCCACCAACCCAUUUCUGUCUAAAAUCCGUUCCAGACCCGGUUUUUCAUCAGAAGCCCUGAAAAGGAGUCUCACCUCUCUGGAGCUCUUCCACCACGACCCUUUAUCCUUCCCUUCUCCCUCACUGAUCCACUUCUUCAACCAAACAGCCAUCCUCUACCUCAUCAAAACCCUAGCCGCUGGUGAACCAACGAAAAAAAAAAACUAGCUGCUACUUGGUGGAAAAUGAUAUAUGGGAGAAUCUGUAGCUGAUGUGGGACUCGGAUGCUGAUUUGGAAGCCACAUAGGAUUAGUAUAUGUCUUUAGCACGUGUUGCUGUUUUAUUCAUGUCUUGUUGUUUUGGUGUAGAUUAGUCGUAAUUAAAGGCUGCAUUGUUUC